ACAGUGUUGUUAUUUUGGCGACUGAUGCGACAGAGUAAGAAGUUAGUGCCGGUCACCCUUGGUAGAUUAGAUGGAGGACAUGGCACUAUCAAAUACCAAAACUUAGUUCAAAAGACAGGAAAUGCAAGGAAGACGAAUAUGCUGGAAAUACGUGUAAUGCGGCUAAUGCGAAGCUGAGGAAAGGAGACUUUUUGUGUGUUUUGGAGUGAAGCAGAUUUGACUUAUAUUUUCAGUGGCAGCGGAGGAAGAGAGUGCUCUUCUUUUGAGUAGCUCGUCGGCGCUGGUCAGGUAGGCUUCUUAUUGUUUUAGUAGCUGGUUGUAAGCUACUUUCAAACGUCUUGCAGGAACACGACUGGGUGUUAAGGACAGGAGGGGUGUUACAUCACCAAUUUGGUGAUGCGCUUAUGAAUUUUAAAACGUCCAAUAAAAACACCUAUUUUGCGGUUUCUUUUAAAAUUAAUGAGAGUUUGCCCAGGCUGUUUUCCAACUUAAAUGCCAAACCUACGUACAGGUUUGGCCACUUUUUAAUAUAAUUUUUAUUUUGUGUUGCCAUCGUGUGUGCCGUCGUGUUACGCUUGCCGACCGAGGGUGCCCCGCCCCCACGCGGAGUUGCCAGAAGCUCGGGCAAGCUCGAGUGUGAUAGGUGGGCACCCCCUUGGCGAUCCACUGCGCCAAGUACAAGCAAGAAUAUCAAUGAGAAAAUGGAUCCCAUUACAGCAGGCGGGAAUGAAGGAAACGCAAAUGGCAACUAUCCACCCCGAUCUAUACGAUCUACUGUCGCCCCCGGAGGCACAGGGCAAGGGGGAAGUAUUGGAAAAAAUAACUCCCUUUCAAUCCCAAGAUUAAUUGAAGAUGUGGACAGUAGGGCGGAUAGUUUGGACUUUGGCCAUGGACAGGAGCCAAGCUGGGAACGAGUAGUCAUCAAUGUCAGCGGUUUGCGAUUUGAAACGCAAAUCAAAACAUUAAAUCAAUUCCCAGACACAUUACUUGGUAAUCCUGAAAAACGCAUCAGAUACUUUGAUCCGUUACGUAAUGAAUAUUUCUUUGAUCGUAACCGGCCAAGUUUUGAUGCUAUUCUUUACUACUAUCAAAGUGGCGGUCGUCUUAGAAGGCCAGUCAAUGUCCCCAUCGAUGUCUUCACAGAGGAAGUGAAAUUCUAUGAUCUUGGUGAAGAAGCACUUUCCAAAUACAGGGAGGAUGAGGGAUUCAUAAAAGAAGAGGAAAGAGAACUGCCAAAGAAAUUAUGGCAACAAAAAAUAUGGUUGCUGUUCGAAUAUCCUGAAAGUUCACGAGGAGCAAGAAUAGUUGCUGUAAUAUCAGUUGCAGUAAUUCUGAUCUCCAUUGUAAUAUUCUGUAUGGAAACAAUGCCAGAAUUUAAUAACAAAACAAUGGACGCCAGUAAUGAAACUAGUUUUGACAAGUAUCGUGGCUUCAAAAACCCAUUCUUUAUUAUAGAAUCAUGUUGCAUCCUAUGGUUUAUUUUAGAGUUAGUUGUUAGAUUUAUUUCCAGUCCAAGUAAGCUGUUGUUUCUUAAGAACAUAAUGAACUUAAUAGACCUGAUGGCCAUUGUGCCAUACUUUAUCCAACUGGGUACCAUGGUUGCGGAGAUCUCAGAAGAAAAAAAAGAUAGUCAGGGCAACGAUCAGGCUAUGUCUCUGGCCAUCCUUCGAGUUGUACGUCUUGUGCGCGUGUUCAGAAUAUUUAAAUUGUCAAGGCACUCAAAAGGCCUACAGAUAUUAGGGAGAACUUUGAGGGCGAGUGUGAGUGAACUUGGGCUACUCAUAUUCUUUAUGUGUAUUGGUGUUGUUCUAUACUCAAGCGCUGUGUACUUUGCAGAAGCUGAUUUUGACCAGUCAGAAUUUAGUAGUAUUCCUGAUGCAUUCUGGUGGGCAGUGGUCACCAUGACUACGGUAGGGUAUGGCGAUAUGAAGCCGCAGACUAUAGGGGGGAAAAUUGUCGGCUCUUUGUGUGCAAUCACAGGAGUUUUGACAAUAGCUCUACCUGUUCCAGUAAUCGUGUCGAAUUUCAACUAUUUCUAUCACCGUGAAGCAGAUACUGAAGAUACAUCUCAGUACUCGCAUGUGAGCAGCGCACCUGCGAUGGGAGAACAGGGCAUGCUCAAACAGGGACAGGACAACGAUGCAGGAUCAGUAGAUUGUGUAGAGAUGGAGGACGGAAUGACAAACUCGCAAGUGAAAACCACAACAAAUAAUGAUAGGUCAAAGUUCAACAACGUGCAAGGUAAUUGCAUAAACAUGAGCUCGCUCUCGGUGGAAACGGACGUAUGAUUGCCAAUCUUAAACAAGCAUAUACAGAAAUAGUAUUUUAGAGCAAAGAAAAAUGACCUUCCUAUGCAAAUGUCUUUUCCAAUUUUGCUCGUACUCAGCUUUAAUAAGGUGCAAAUGUAAACAGUUUUCUAUGUUUUUCCUUUUUUCUUCAAAGACAAUAAUACAAAAAAAAAAUCAGCUGAUUUCCUUAAAGAUUAAAUUAUGAUAUAAUGCUAUCAAAAUUAUGAAAUAAUGAGCAAUUUUAUCACUUUUUUUCUUGAUUUUAUUAAGAUUUGGUGCUGUCUGGAAAUUUCAAUACAUUAGAUUCUCAGACAUCAAAUAUUAACAAACUGCUUAUUUAUAAGGAGAUUGCCACAAGUAGGGAAAUGGAGUGAACCAAGAAAAUUACGUAAAAUCCCUAUUUCUAACAAGCAGUCAGUCCUUUCCAAUUUUCCAAUUUUAUGAAUAUAAAGGAAAUAUCAAAUUUAAAAGUAAGUAUAAUACAUGUAUGUGGGUAUAUUUCUCAACAUUCAAUCUGUAGAUUAAGACAAACUGGAUAAUAUUAGUACCACGGGAUGGUAUUUAUUCUGUAUUGUGGUCGUCAAGAGCUUCCAUACAUAGUCCUGUACAAAUUUUCAUAUUGUAUUUGUGUAUAUCUUCACAGCAUUGGGUGGAUUUUUUAAUCUUACAAUUUUUCUAGCCAGAUUUCUUUUGUGAGAGUUUAUGUGAAACUAAUAAGAUGAAAUAAUUUUAGCAUUUAAGUUUUUUUUUAAUAUAAAUGUUUUAGAAAUAUACUGUAAUGUCAUUGUAUAUUCAGAGGGAGUUUCAAUUAAUCAUCAAGUAAAUCCCGCCCUUCGGAAAAAUCAUAAUAAACGAUUCAAAUUAAUAUUAACGCUACUUUGAAUGUUCCCCGUUAAAUUAAUUUUUCCUUAUCUCUAAGUCCCAAGUACCGAAUAAUAUUUAUUUAAUAAUGUUAUUUUUAUUACCAAGACAACACACUGGAAGUAUAUUUAAUUUUUAAAAUAUUUUUUUUUAUUUUGAAAAUUUAAAUUAAAUUACUAUUUGUUUCCAUAACGUGUAUGUUAAAAAUGUAUUCUAAAAAUAUGAAUAUAAAAAAUUACUCUAGUUGACAUAGCAUGCAUUUCCUUAAUGAACACUUUGAUUUGUCUAAUUUUUAAAAAAGUAAAUUCAAAUAUUAAAAUUCACGAUUCCUAUACAUUUAUCUUUCUGAAGACAUUUUUUUCUAUGAACUUAGUAAAACAAAAUAUUUAAAUAAAUAUAAUUGAACUUGUCAAAGUGAUCUAAACAUAAUAAUACCGUAUUGAUAGUUUCGGUGACAAUAUGAUCCAUUGAUGAAGCAAAAAUUAUUUUUAAUUUAUUUUUUCUUCAAAAUUUUAUGUAUAUUUUAUAUAUGUAUAUUUCAUUCUUUAUUAUUUUUGUUAUUAAUAAAUAAAAAAAAAAAAACUAUCCCCAAUUGUACUAUUCAAAUAAAUUUCAAAAAGAUCGAUAUUAUUUGUUAUUUCACCAUCAGUUAUGUAGAAAAUGUGGUCUUGAAUGGAAAGUUUUUUACCGGCAUAUAAAUUGGCUUUUGGAUAUGAUGAUUUCAAUAAAGCAUGUAUUAAGAUCUAAUAGUAUUAGAGACAACUCCUGAGUUAGUGAAAUAAGGCCUACCUUUUAGUCUCUCAAUACAACAGAAUAUGUUGUCGUCUAGUCAAUAUUCAACGACUAAGAAAUUCAUUGAUUAUGUCAAUGUUACACUUCUUUAUUGAUUUUUGCAUGUCCUUCAGUGGACAAGUUAAAUACUGUAUGGCUAUAUGCUUAUGAUAAUGUACUGUUUCCCACUGACAUAAAGCCUCCUUCCCCUGCUGCACCAUCAUGACUAUUGUGGCCAUUCAAAUGACAUCAUAUUCUCUAUUUGUCUAAAGAUUCAUUAAUUUUCUAAAACACUGAACAUUUUUUCAACAGUUUGAAUUAAAUUAAAAACACUAUUAAUGAGUUUAGUAAAUGUAUUUUGUUGGUAAUUAUGACAUAUAUUGAUACACUUAAUAAAACACAUUGAUCUAGCCCAGUAUUAAGAAAAACUUAUCUAACACAUUUCUUAUAUUGUCUCCUAUUUUGUUAUUCUUUUUAGACCAAAUCAAUAAUUUAUAGAUUCAUAUUACUUGAUAUUAAAAUGUGAAAGCAGGAGGCUGAUUCAUAAAUUAUGAAUUAUUUAUGUAUUGUGUAUUUCAUAUCUGCUGUGUCCUAUAUAACCUUUGAAUGCAUGGCACAAAAUGCCAAGGAAUUUAUUGAAAAAAACAAUUUAAAACCUUUAGUGACAUUUUUAAAUUUAGUUUUUUAAUUAUGUAAUGAAAUGGGUUUAUAAUCAAUUAUUUGAGUCUUGGAAAAUUUGCAACUUUUUUUCUGAUGAUUUUAUUAACUUGUGUACUUUUUCAGGUGAAUAAAAAUUGUACAUACAGUUACUACUUAUUUGAAUUUUCUAGAUACCUUUUAAAAAAUAUUUAAUGAUUUUAAAAUAAGUAAAAGCCAUGUAUUAAUAAAAAAAAAAAUCAACAUUAUAUUAAAAAAAUAUCCUAUUAGCCAAUCAAAAGCAAGAAUAAAACAGGAUUGUUUCUCAUUUUAAACAUUAUUUUAGUCUAUAUUAUGGUCAUACUUAAUAUUAUUCUAAAAAUCCAUGUUAAUUAUAAAUUCCAAUUGUCCUCAAAAAAUUUACAGGAAGUAUGCAACAUUAUAUUAAAACACAAAUAGUCAACAGUUUUUACAAGUAUCAGUUUAUUAAGAUAAGAUAAAAAAGUUGUUUUAUAAAUGGUAGGGAAACACUACCUUGCAAGCUUGAAUGAGAAGCAAAAGAAAUUUUAUAAGUUUUUGGGAUUUUUUUCCCCUCAUAAUUAUCUUAUUAUUAACAUUAUGAUUUUUUUUCUUGUAUUAUUAAAUCAUCACUAUGGAAUUAUUGUUUUGAUGAUGCGAUUUAAACAUUUUAUUAAUUAAAUUCAUGUUAAUUAAAAUGAACAAAGAAAUAGUCCGACAAUGAAACCAAUAUAAUUAGUAGUAAUCAAUGACAAUCACAUCCCUAAUGUUAUUCAACAUUAUUCAUCAGAGAAAAAAAACUAUGCAAUCAUUUCAGUUGACUUAUUGGAAUCAUAGAAAUUAUAAUGUAUGGCUCCAGAAUAUAUGUUAUUCUGUAGAUAUCUAAAUUGCAAAUUAAUAUGAAAAUGUACCCUCAACAGAUAUAAUUUCAUUUAAUAACAACAUAUACAAUAUAAUGUGCAUGGCUAACCGCAUAUAAUAUAUAGGAUUACAUGUAUUUAAUCAGAUAAUGAAUGGUGAUACAAAUUAUAAUAUUCACAUUUUCAUAUUGAAAUGAAAAUAUUAAGUAUAAUAGCAUCAUUGAUAGUUUGAACAGUAUACAACAUUUAUUUACUAUUACUUUGUUUAAUCAGUUGUCCUUGGUGUGGGUUAUCCAUCCAGCAAUAUUUAUCAUUUGAACCCUAAUUAACUUACACUCAAUGCCCAAUAUUAUAUUUAUUAAUUUAUGAUUUUAAAAUUUUUUUAAAGCUAAUUUAUAUGAUUAAUAAUUAUAGAUACUUUCUAAAAAAAUGCAAUAUUAUAAAAAAAAAACCAAUAUAAUAAAACAAAA